AUGGAGCAAUCUCACCUCAGCAAGCUGGCCGGAGAGCUUCGUAACCAAAUCUACGAGCUCGUGAGCGUAGAUCUCACCACCCGCCGAGCGAGCCACGGUCUCGCAGGCGAGCCUCUCACGCCUCCCAUGGCCCAAGUCUGCAAGCAGAUGCGCAAAGAAAGCAUCGGAAUCUUCUUCAAAGAGUUCAAAGCAAACCUGGACUCCGACAUGGAUGGCAACGACGUUCAGCACCUGGUGACCUACCUCAAACAGACUCCCACUCACAUCCACCAGUUGAUCUCACGGCUGGAGAUCAAUGUGCUUGUCUGUGCCACGUCUUUUGACGACUAUUUUACCGGAUGUCAUCAUGCGAGGAAGGAUUGGAGGAGGCUGAUGAGGAUCCUCGACCGGUAUGGGUAUCGUGGAGAGCGCUUGCGGGUACACGUGAAGAUCUGCUCUCAUGGGGAUGAUUUUCCACGACUGGUCAUUGAGGAUCUGAAGGGGCUUGGUCUGGAGCUGAGCCAUGAGAUUGUGGAGGAGUGA